AUGUCUUUUAACAACGAUCCGUACCGCGAUGAGGAUGGGGAGCCAUUGAUGGACUUCGAUGACAUCCAAUCUGAUCGCGAGCAAUCGUCGGAACCUCAUCAACAGGAUUUGUUUGACGACGUGGAGGAUAAUGUUGACGAUUGGGACAAUCGAGAACGGUCACCGACACCUGUGUACGAUACGGAUAAGGUGAAACCGAGGAAGAGGUUGAUCAAGAAAAGCACGAUGGGGGAUGACAGUGAGCCGCCGUCCCAUUUGUUUGAGGAGGAUUUUGGGAGGGAAUUUUCCAGGGAGGGGUCAGAGUCUCUGGAGAAAAAGAGGAAGAAGAAGAGGGAAGCGGGAGAUGGGAAUGUGAAGAAGGAGAAGAGGCAUAAGUUCGAGGAGUAUGCAGGUAGUGGAGGAAAGGGAAGCGGUUCGAAAUCGGGUUUGUCUAAAAAACACAUGAUGUCAGGGAGGUCCAAAGAUCAUGAUGUCAAGGAGAUGUGGGACACUAUUGCUGGUGGUGAUUCUGAGGAUGAUCAUGAGGGUGCCAGGAACAUGGAUGACGACAAUUUCAUUGAUGACAGUGGACUUGAUCCUGCUGACCGUUAUGGAAGCGAUAAUGAACCCCGAUCUCCGGGUGAUGCUCCUCAGGCCGAAGAAGGUGAAGAGGAUGAUGAAAUCAAGGAGCUCUUCAAGAUGGGUAAGAAAAGGAAGAAGAAUGAAAGGAGUCCUGCAGAAAUGGCAUUGCUAGUUGAGAAUGUUAUGGCUGAGCUUGAGGUCACAGCUGAAGAAGACGCUGACCUUAACAGACAGGGGAAACCUGCUGUUAAUAAACUUAAGAAGCUGCCUCUUCUUACUGAGGUUCUUUCAAAGAAGCAGCUUCAACAAGAAUUCCUAGAUCACGGAGUACUAACUCUUUUGAAGAAUUGGCUUGAGCCCCUUCCAGAUGGAAGUUUGCCAAAUAUAAAUAUCCGUGCGGCAAUUUUGAAGAUAUUGACAGAUUUUCCAAUUGAUCUUGAACAGUACGAUAGAAGAGAGCAAUUAAAAAAGAGUGGUCUUGGAAAGGUCAUUAUGUUCUUAUCAAAAUCCAAUGAGGAAACCACUUCGAAUAGAAAGCUUGCUAAGGAUUUGGUUGAUAAAUGGAGUCGACCUAUAUUUAAUAAGAGUACGAGGUUUGAGGAUAUGAGGGGCAUGGAUGAUGAUAGGGUUCCCUUCCGAAGGCCAUCAGUCAAAAAACCAGCAAAUAAAGCUACAGGGAUGGAAUCACGGGAUGGUGAUCUGGAUUUGGAGAUGUCACGGGAGCGCAAAUCUGGUCAAUCAUCUUCUAGGCAACAUGCUUCUAGGCCCGAAGCAACGCCAAUGGAUUUUGUUGUGCGCCCUCAAUCAAAGAUUGAUCCAGAAGAAGUUAGAGCUCGCGCUAAACAAGUUAUGCAAGAUGAGCGCCGUGUGAAGAUGAACAAGAAGUUGCAGCAGUUGAAGGCACCAAAAAAGAAGCAGCUGCAAGCGACAAAGCUUAGUGUUGAGGGUCGUGGCAUGUUGAAGUACUUGUAAGGUUACCAUCCCAAUUGCGGGGUGUUGGUGGUUGCUUGAAUCCAGUAAUUAUGUAUUGCCAAUUGGUUGGAGCUUGGGUCGUAGGGUGCAAACAACUGGGGUUGUUAUCUCAAAGGACGAUUCUUGUAGCAGAGGAAAGUUGAUGUUUCAAUUGUUUGAACAAAUUCUAAUUCAGAAUUUUGUGUUAGUUGAUUCAGGAUGUCGCGUGCGGCAAUUUCCCGGACCAUGUCCAGAAGAAAAUUGCCUAUCUAAAGUUAUAAAGUUUCCAUAAUCAAGCGCACCAGCUGCCUAAUAAAAACUAACUGAAGGUUUUUUGUAUUUGAUAUUCAAUAAUCAUCACUAGGGUUAUCCAUUUUAUUA